GUAUAUAUAUAUAUAGGCUCAUUUUUAAAUCGGCAAUCUGCGCCGUCUGAGUAAAUAGAUACGCAAGUAAAUAAGUUUCGUUACGCCACAGCUAUAGAAGAGCAAAGCAAGAGAGGGAAAUAAGGGAGAAAAAUAACAGUCUUCGAAGGAAUAUUUUCGGCUAGGAGAUUUAUAUUGGUUUACGUUGGUGAUGAAUCGCAGGCAACUUAUCUCUGGCAACCGAUUGCCGUGAUUUAAGCGCGUUCGCCACCUGCCAGUUGCCAGUUAAAUGCCCGUGGAGGUGCCACGGUGUUGUCGGUGGUCGGUGUAUCGCUCAAUUGCAGAAGAAUCAUCGGGCGGAUUGUCGUUCCGCGGACCUAGGGAUGGCAGCGGAGGUCAACGGCGAUGAGCGGUCGCACCCACGCUGUAUCAAAUUGCCACCUGCCGUCGAGGUGUUCGCCAAUUUGAAAAAUGCGCAGACCUUCGCCAUAGACAUUGGAUUGUCCUUAACCAAAAUUGCCUAUUACUCAACAGUAAGUUAUCGUAAGGCACUUUACGAAGAUGCAGAAGGUUUAGGGAACAGUGGAGAACUAGCGUACAAAGUAUUCGAGGGUAAUAGACUGCAUUUUGUUAAGUUUGAGACAAGAUAUAUUGAGAACUGCUUAGACUUUGUCAAGAAGAAUUUAGUGGAUGUUGAACGAUUUCAUGGAAAAAGAAUUAAAGUGACUGGAGGCGGAGCAUUCAAAUAUACACCAUUGUUGCAAGAAAAAUUAGGAUUACUAGUUGACAAAGAAGAUGAGAUAGACUGUCUGAUAAAGGGUUGUAAUUUCUUGCUUAAAAAUAUACCAUGUGAAGCGUUUGAGUAUCAUCGACAUGCAAAUCCAGAAUAUAAAUUUCAACAAGCUGGACCUCAUAUAUUUCCAUAUUUGCUGGUUAAUGUUGGCAGUGGUGUCAGUAUUCUUAAAGUGGAAUCGGAUGAAGUAUUUGAAAGAGUCGGUGGUACAGCCACAGGAGGGGGUACAUUUUGGGGACUUGGAUCACUACUUACGAAAAGAAAGGACUUUGACGAAUUGCUGCAACUUGCAGAACGGGGGGAUCAUCGCAAUGUAGAUAUGUUAGUGAAAGAUAUUUAUGGGGGCGAUUAUUCCUCCCAAGGUUUAUCUGGAGAGCUUAUUGCAUCGUCCUUUGGCAAGGCGGUAGCUUGUGGGCAACCAAAAUUUUCCGAAGCUGAUCUCGUAAGGAGUUUACUAUUCACCAUUAGCAAUGAUAUUGGCCACAUAGCUAGUUUGUAUGCAACCGUUUACAACAUGGACAAGGUUUACUUUGGUGGUUAUUUCCUACGUAACCAUCCACUAUCAAUGCACACCAUCUCAUACUCUAUAAAAUAUUGGUCUCAUGAUAAGGUAACGCCUCUCUUUCUUCGCCAUGAAGGUUACCUUGGCGCAAUCGGAGCGUAUUUAUAUGGCACUGAACAAACGGACAAAUACAGUUGGUUAGAAAAUUACGCUGGAUCAUCGAGCUUUAAAGAUUCCGUGCCAACCGAUUUCGGAAUUAAAGUCGAUCAACUGGAAAUUGAUCAAGCAGAAUAUGCUGUAACGUUCUGCCCAUUAUUGCGAGAUCCCGCAUCUUACAAUCCUGACACUACGGAUCUCACUCAGGAUAAAGAGGCAAGGGACUAUUGGCUAAAAUGUUUUGAAGAAUCCGUGGAUAAAUUCGUAUCGAGAGCUAUUAACAGUCAACCACACAGUCCCACAGCAAAGGACAGAGGAUUAAAAUUAAAGGAGAAAUACAUCAACAGAUUACACUAUCUUCAGGCGCAACCAUUUGCAUAUGGGGCACUUACUGUUAGAAUAUUGUUGGAUACCAUCGAGCAUUGCAUGAAAGAAUUUGAUUUUCCAGAUCCAUAUUUACAUCAAAAAAGAAAAGAGAAUGAAGAAGCAUUGAUGCACUUACACAAUCGCAUAACUAAUCUAGAUCAAUUGGAAGGCGCGGAGAAGAUAAAAGCUUUGAUCCUUGGCGUUCUCAGUGGUAAUAUAUUUGAUUGGGGUGCAAAAGAUAUUGCAAAGCUAUUGGAAACCAAUGAUUUUGGUUUUGAAGACGCCCAAGCGAAAAUUCCAGGUAGACCAUGGCUAGAGGAUAAUUUAGAUGAUUGGAUACACAGAUUGCAGAAUGGACCACCUCAUAAAUGUGCAGCCAUUUUUGUCGAUAAUAGCGGUGUAGAUAUAGUUCUUGGAAUCCUGCCGUUUGCACGAGAUUUAUUGCAACGGGGAACCAAAGUAAUAUUAUGCGCUAAUUCUAUGCCAGCUUUGAAUGACGUAACGUAUCCUGAAUUGGUCGUUAUGUUACGGGAUGCCGCAAAAAUUUGUAAUGUUAUAAAACAGGCUCUAGAAGAUAAUACUCUUAUUCCUAUGGAAACCGCGCAUGCAGGUCCUUGUCUGGAUCUCAGUCGUCUAAAUUUGGAUCUAUGCCUUGCGAUGAUCGAGCACAACGUAGAUCUUAUAGUCAUCGAAGGAAUGGGUAGAACUCUACACACUAAUUUUCAUGCUAAAAUGAAGUGCGAGUGUCUAAAAUUGGCAGUCGUAAAAAAUCGGUGGCUCGCGCUUCGUUUAGGCGGCGAUAUGUAUGCUGUGAUAUGCAAAUACGAGCAACCAACGACGCCGAAUGCCAAGAUUUACGAUAUCGAAAUGAAAUCGGAGACGAUAAAUGAUGGUUGUCCGUCAAAAUGUACAGAAGAGGCGACAGAACUUUGCAAAUGCGAUAAUUCUAGCGACAGAAAUACAAGUAAAGUAUCAGUAUAAAGUUAGCAAUAUACAAUUAUUUCUUUUAGACCAAAUAAUAAUAUAAAACAUAUUGCCUUCCGAGAAAGAGAAAACUUAAAGACAGAGUUAUGCUCAAAUACGCUUAAAUUUUAGAAUUGUGAUCGAGUCAGCACUGGUGUUAAGAAAACAUACAGAUGAAAUAUUAAAUCUGUUCUUUUUAAUUGAGUUUCUUGCACAAUACAUCUUUUUUUUCUUUUUACGUUAGAGAGAAAAAGAAAGAUAAAUUGUGCAAGAAGUUCAGUUAAAAAGAACAAACCUAUCAUGUGAUUCGUCAAAUAAACGUAAUCGUAUAAAAGAUUAUUAAUAUAAUUUUUUUAAUAAUCUAUAAACACUUUCUUAUUUAUCAUAACGAUUAUACGUAUGUUUGUUUCAGUCAUACUGUAUUAUUAGUAUAUUAGAUUUGUUCGCGUCGCAUGCUCCAAGAGCACUUGGAUCAAUUGGAUCACUUUUAUCACCAAUCACAGCACUAGAACUAAUGAUUUAAGUGAUCCAAGUGCUCUUGGAGCAUGCGACGCGAACAAACCUAUUAUAGAUCUUCUCACACAUAGUUUUCAAAAAAGUUAUUACUAGUAUUAUAUUAACUGCUUUACUAAAAUUCUAGAUUUUUAAUGUAAAAUAUUUUUAUAUUAAUCUCUCACGAGGGGAAAAUCAAAAGUGGAAACACCCUUUUGAAACGCGAUUUGCAAAAGAUAAUCCUUUGUAUUAAGAUCCCAAACUUUAGCUCCAGAUACUUAAUAAAAAACAAAAAUGUCAUCGGAUCUAUAAACUUCUUGAUAGAAUAAUAAAAUUUGGGAAAUGAAGGAAAAACGUUAAUUUUAUAUUAUUACAGAAUUAAUCAACGUUCUUCUUAUACAUAGGUACAAAUAUUCAAUUUAAUGAAUUUUCGUCACUAUCAGUGCAGUACAAGUAGAUAAUAUAAACUCAAGCAGUUCGAGUACGUAUUAAUCUAAGUUGUAUUUCUAUACAAUCAAAAGUCAAUUGGUACAAUAUUUAAUACUUUUUUUCUUCAUUUUCUAAAAUCUAUUAUCCUACCAAGUAAUCUAUAGAUCUGAUGACUUCAAAAUUUUUAUAUUUAUUGUUUUUUUUUUUGAAGAAACUAAGAGGUAUCUGAAACUAGGGUUUAAGAUUCUUAUAUUGUAAUGGCGUUUCUACUUUUGAUCCUCUCCUUGUAAGUUGCAUAAGAUCUAAAUAAAAUUUCAUAAACCUCAUUAAUAAUAAAUAUAUGAACUAGAAACAACAUCACUUUUUGUAUCUUUGCAUGUUAAAAAAUCAGCAACAUUUCUCGAAAAAGAUUGUAAAAUAUAAAUCUCUUUCUACGUUUGUAUACGGUAUUAAACAAUUCAUUUGUGAAUUAACAAUUUAUCGUAAUACGCUUGAUCAAUCUCGUCCAUACAGUUAUAAUUAGUAUUAAAAAAAAAAUAGUUAUUCAUUUUUUACAGAAAUGUUAGGACUAUCAAUGUAUAUAAACAAGCAUGUCUGAAUUGUAUUAACGUAAAUCAUUAAAAUCAAUACAUAAAUAA